CGGACCGGAAGUCAGUGGAGGAAGAUGGGACUGAGGGAACCCCGUGUUUUACCUGGAAGGAUGAGCGUCGGUAGUCUGCUCGUGGCGGGAGGAAGGUGGCGAUGUUUUCCAGUUCCAUUAAGGUCAUCCUUAUUCCAGGCACUACAUAGUUCCUGCUGUUGGAAAAAAUCCUCUGCACCUAAGAAGAUUACUCCCAAUGCUGCUUUUUAUGAUGAAAAUACAAAGGAACCUGGAAAUGCACUUGACAAGCUCUUCUCUUCAGAACAGCAGGCUUCCAUCUUGCAUGUGUUGAAUACGGCAUCUAAUAAAGAACUUGAAGCUUUCAGGUUGCUUCGUGGAAGAAAAUCUGUCAAUAUUAUAGAGCACAGAGAGAAGUUUGGGCCAUUUCAGAAUUUGGAGAGUUUAAUGAAUGUGCCCUUGUUCCAGUAUAAAACAGCCAUUCAAGUUUGUAACUCCAUUCUUUGUCCAGAGACUGGAGGGAAAAAAAGAAAGUUCCAGGACAACCGGCUCUUGAGAAAGCUCAUCAAACCAGAAAUAGAGAGAGAGAGAUUUAAGGCAGUUAAUAGUAUCAUAUCCAUCGUUUUUGGAACUCGAAGAGUUGCCUGGGCUCACGUGGAUCGUAAACUGGCGGUGCUGGACUGGCAGCAGAAUGAGUGCCACCAGCUGAUGAAAGGAACGUACAUAUCAUCUGUCUAUUUACAAGAGAUUUCUUCAGUCAUUUCAAAGAUGCCUAAAGCUGACUUCUAUGUUCUGGAAAAAAUCGGGUUUUCAAUUCAGAACUCAUCUCGGUUUCCUGUAGUGUUACAUUUUCAUAUCAUGGAAGCCAUGUUGUAUGCCUUAUUAAACAAAACCUUUGCCCAGGAUGGCCAGCAUCAGGUGCUGAGCAUGAAUCGAAAUGGAGUGGGGAAGCACUUUGAACUGAUGAUUGGGGACACACGGACUAGUGGAAAAGAGCUGGUGAAGCAGUUCCUCUCAGAGUCUGUUCUGAAGGAGCAGCCUCGGGUAGUCUUCCCUCCUGAGAAGAUUGUCCUCUACAGACAGAUGUUUUCAUCUACCGAACAGCACAGAGCAGAAGAGUUGUAUGACUCAUUAUUGCAAGCUGUUGCCUUCUAUGAAUUAGCAGUUUUUGACACUGAAUCUUAAAAUGCUGAGGUUAAAUAAAGAGCUCUAAGGUUAUAUUAAUUUAUAUUUAUUAGCCCUAAAGCUGUACAGCCAGUUUUUAACAUCCAUGUUUAUGGAGAAGAAAAUGUGUUUGUAUUUAAAGUCA